AUUAAUUACAAAAUAAUGUACAGAAUUUACAUUUUUUUUUAAACUUAGCAUCCACUGUGAACAUUUUUUCAUGUAAUCAAAAUAUUCUCACAAUAUUAAAUAAUAGAUAUUCUCCCAAAUCUACAGUUCUGAAGACUGUAAUUGCUACCCUGUGGUUAUUUCAAAACAUAUUUUGAGAUAUGAGGCUUUGUGAAUAAAUACUACAUUGAACAUUCGAUUGCAUCCUUUGCAUAGAUUCCUCAAAGGGAAGUUGAUGCAUAGAGCUUAUAGAGGCUCCUCCAAAAGUAUUACCGGAUUACUUUUUAGAAAGGAAGGGGCACUUUUAUUCCCUCACAGAUCUGGGGUCACUGCAGUCUUGCCAAUGCUGAAUGAAAUGAAAAAAGUCUUCGCAAAUUUGGUAUAAAAUGGUAAGAUGUUUAAAUUUUCUUUACCAUUCUUAAUUACAAAAAUUGGGGUUUAUAUCAUGUGGAUUAUAGGUAAAGACAGUUUUGCUGUUUCUAGGCUUUUUGUUCGGGGCAAAGCCAAUGAUGUUAGUGGAUGAUAUCAUCUGGAAGAUUUAAAGCCUUUGUGCUGAUUUAAAUUUGAAUUAAAUUCUACUCAGGUAGGUUAAGGGCACAAAACAGUCUAAUAAAAUAUUUUUAAAUGAAAUGAAAGGAUUGUAUGGCUAAGCACUAUCACUGGGUUUCCCCGCCACCACGAUUCCCUACCCAUGGGAUGCUCUUGGACUCACAGUGGAGGAAUGAGGUCCCAGAGAGGCAGUGGGCCCAGCAGCUAUCUGCGUGGAGAGCUGUGUGCUGCCUCAGUCAUUUACUUCUCUCUGCUUUGCAUAAUCACCAGCCAUGACCCUAGGGAUGCUGACAUAAAAUUUUGUUUCACUUCGUGUUGGAUGCUCAACACCUAAUGGUGCACUUUGCAAUGGUAUCUCACCUACUUCCUUGCAAAUUUGGCAGAGUUUUCUGCUUCUGGCCCAGGCCUAAGACCUUUCUGAGUUGCAUAUGAAUAUUAGCAGUGUCUGGUCUUGUAAACUUGUGACUCCUGAAGCUUGAGAGGAAGGAAAAUCAUUUUAGUAGGCUGCAGUGAACUAAAGGCAAGUUGGUUUGUUUUUCUCAAAAGGUAGCCUUUUCAGUCAAAACAGCAAGGCCUUUCGGAAGAGCGAGGGGAACCCACUUACAGUGCUGGUUCCAGGGGCCCUGGUUGCCACCCACAUCUCUGGGUAGUCAUGGCUCCUUAUAGUCACACACACCUUUGAGCACCUGUUUAGCAAGUGUAGGGUGCUUACCAUGCCGUGGGGUGCAUGUUGUGAAUGUGCACUGUCCAUGCUGAGGUCUGGUGAACAGUAUUCAGGGACCUUUGGGCGCAGGUGGGGACUGUUCUGUCCUCUGUGUUCAGGUUAGUGAGCCCUCGAACUCCAGGCACAGACGCUGAGACCUCUGCUUGAACUGCUGUUGCUAGGCCUCAUCUCCUGCUGGUCAGACAUUCAAGUUCACGGUCCCGUCCAGGUACAGACCUGCAUGCGCCUUGGAAAGGAAAUGUGCUGGGACCAUGGGUGUGGGGUGGGGCCAGAGCUGACCACCCACAUGGUCUGACCAAUAGGGAUAUGGCAGUGCUCUUGGGGAGUGACCUCUGAGGGGGGAUCCCUUGCAGAGAUUGGGUAGGGGUGGAUCCUCGGGUCCUCAGGGGAGUUGCCCGCUAGCCCUAUUAUUGAAUAGGUGGCUGGAACAUUUGCUCAGGGCACCUUGUGUACCUGAAAAAUACACCUGUGUACUUUCACCCUGUGUUUGCUGUUGCUUGAUGUGUGUGGCCGACAGAUUUUUGUUUAAUUUGACCUCUCAGGAUUUGGCUUGUUCCCUCAACAGACUGACGAAUGCCAGAAUAUUUUCCUGCUAGGGACAGAGGGCCUUUUUGGAUAUAAUGCAUGCAUGAUUUCAAGAGUGGAGGUCAUGUUUACAGUUGGAUGGUUUGGUUGAACAUUUGUUUUCCGGCUACUUGGGCUAUUAAGAUAAAUACUGCACCCUUUCUAGAACUUCACUUUCAUCCUGUUGGUAGUUAAGUAUGAGAUUUGAAAUCUUUUACUUCUAAUCUCGAGGUCCUGGGAUUAAAAGUUUUUUUUUUUUUUUAUCUGAAGAGUAAUGUAAAAAUAAUGACACACACACUGUGUGUGUAUGUGUGUGUAUAUAUAUGCAAGUCAUAACUACAUUAUGUGGUUCUUCAGUUAAGAAAAAUCAUGUAUAUUUUCCACUAAAUGAAGUUGGACAAUAAAUGGAGUUGGAACAUUACUUUGUAAUGUGCAUGCUUCUAUAUAGCAUGGCUUAUCUAUUGUGUCUUAAAAAUCAGGGCACUUUCAUAUGCCCAUAUGGAAUGGCUCCCAUGCUGGCAUUUGCCUGGGAGCAGCUGUCCCCACUUGACUCACCCGAGGAAGCAAUGUCAGAGUGAAAACGUGGGCCUGGGUGGCAGCUGCCCAAUCUAUGGCAGCUUGUUGUCCACAGUGUGUAUGGAAGGAUCUAAGCAGAUGAGCUUUCUGAUGCUUCCGGGAAGAUUUCGCCACAGGAGGUUGCUUACAUCUGCUGCUCUGAACUGUCUCUCCUGGGCUCCUGUCCUGGGAGGCUGUGACCUUGGGAAGGUCACAACUAUUUGCUCACCUCUUAGAUUUUCAAGAGGAUUCAAUGAAGUAAUGGGUAGUGCAAACCAGCUGGGAGAGGUCCAGCUACCCCAGUGAGUGCUCAGUAAGUGUCAGCUGUCAUUAAGUCAGACAGGUAUAUUUGUGAAGCACCUACCCAGCCUAGAACAGUGGAGACCCAGCUCCUGGCCUUGGGGGGCUUGGGAACUCAAGGAGAAGACAGACUGUGUACAGGAGCAGCCAGCAGGCACUAGCAGGUGGUUUAUAAUGAGGUUGAGAGUUGGGGAGCACCAUCUAAGCCAUUAAGAGAGACUUUAUACAUGGAGAGAGAGGCCACAGGGCUAAGGGAUAACAAACUUUGAUGACAUCACACCUCUCCUCUCUUUCCUCUUUCUCUGCUCUGCAUUUUUCUGGAAGACUGUGAUAUCCAAGUAUUGGCCCUAUCUCCACAAAGGGCGGUGGCUGCACAAGGAGGACGAGGGCUCAGAUGAGCCAGGAGGGAGAUGUCCAUCUACUUUGGUUAAUCAAGAGAGGCUUCAGAGAGAGGCUGACUUUGGACUAAGACUCAGUGAAAGAAAGUUCUGGACAAGAAGGAAUUCUCUGUUGGCGGCUUUCAGAGAGCUGUGUGCACUGGGGUCUGGAGGGCAGACACUAGAGCAUUAACCUUACUUUUAUUUUAUUCCCUUCAACUUCUUUUGUGUAUAAUGUGUGCAAUGCACUGUUACCAUAGCAUGUGUAUGUUAUUUAUAAAUAUACAUGAUCUGUGUAUGUGCUCACGAAAAUGGGGACUGUGUUCAGGUUGGUGAGCAUUGAGAGUGUGUGCUCAGAACAGAGAUGGGAGGGAGCCGUGGUGAGGUGAGGGGGUUGGUUUCCUCGUGGAUGGUGCUGUGUGUUGCUCCUGAAAUUUAAGGAUGUAUGUUGGAGAAGAAAAUCCUAAAUCGUUUAUUAAUGUUUAAGUGACAUCACCUCAAAAUGCAUGCACCUCGUUUAGCUACACUGCCGCCCUGACUGUCAUAGACUCCCUUUCCUGAGUUCACAAGGCCUUUGGGCACCUGGAGGGUGAAUUCUGAUGUCCUUGUGCGGAGGGACUCGACUCCUCUCUUUAGGUAAUAAGAAGUGCUCACAGGACCACUUUAUUGACUCAGAGAAGUAACUACCAAGAAAUUGAUGUUAUUUAACCGCACUGUGAGUAGAGCACAGUUUCCGGGCCUGCACGAGUCUGUGAGAAUGGCAAAGGGGCUGCAGGGAUAAAGGCUGAUUCUUUUUCUGCCUUCCCAGAAUAUACUUUGUGGGGAGCAGUAGGUGGGAGGGAGCCAAGUGCCUGUGUUUUGGGAGGAAAGGGUGAGUCCUGGGAAUGAGCAGAAGGAUAAGAAGGUUCAGGACAGACUUUGUAAAAGAAAUGGCAGUUGACACGUGCCCGGAUGACAGUUGGGAGAAGACAGGAAGAGGAAGGCUUGCUUGGAAGGGUAUGAAUAAAGGUGGGGAAGUGGAGUUGUGUUUGUGAAUGUGAGUUGGAGGUGCUGUCAUGUUUAGUGCUGGAUAAACAGUAAUGCCCAUCACUAUGGUUGUAAUUCACAUUGCUUCAGGGACCUGCAUUCAUGCAGGGCAAGUCUGGUUCUGCUGUGGGGUGCUCCCUCCAGUCUUUGCUGAAAAUCAAAAUAACCAGCUGGUAAAUGGUAAAGAAAACAAGCCUAUUGGAGAACCUACCUUCUAUCUAUUUUCAUACCUAAUUUUUGCACUGGAGACUGUCUUGACCACAGUUAUUUAAUACUUGAUAUUUAUUUACAUUUCACAAAAUGCUUAAAUUCUAUGUUUCAUACAGUUUAUACCAGGAUGCCAGGUUAUCUAUUUCACAUGGUAAUAGUCAUGCCUUCUAUUUGCAAAACAUUUGAAACUUUCUAAACCACUCACAGAAGACAUCUAAUUUCAUGUUCCUUGACUUUAAGGAACAAAUAAUCAAUGAAAUGUAUAUGCAAGUAUAAUUAAUGAAUCUGUUCCUUAUUUUUCCUCUUAAGUAGUUAUUAGCUGCAUGUGGAAUUCAGAUUGGGUUUUAUUUGAAAUGUGUAUAACCUAAAUAGAAAGAGAUACCUGAUUGUUGUCCAAGCCAUAGAGCGGGGUGUUUUAUUAAGCUCAUGGGGACCAAACUUUGCAGCUUGCUGACUAGGCAGCCAUUCAGUUGACAUAAUUUUGAGAGGUUAGGGUAAAGCACUAAAAAUAGAAUUCAAAAGUACAAAUGGUUGACUCAGGGAGAUGAGAGGGCGUGCCUUGAAGACCCUUCCUGGGUGCACUGUGCAGAGGGGGGUGUUGCUCAGGUGUGAGUGUGGGCAGCUGCAAUGGACAUGGAGCUGAAGUAUCAUUUGUUGCUGAUGGGUAGCAGGUGUAGCCCUCUCUUUGCCUGCUGUUGAACCGCUGUUCUCAGUCUGUGCUCCUUUUCCUCAAGGCGCUUUUGGCUUCUGUGGUGGUAGCGGUGUGUUCAGCUGUGGAUGCAAGUUAAAUUUAGUUCUGUCUCUGUCCUUUAAGCAAAAUCAUUUCCAUUCCAUGGGCUGCAGAUCCAGUCCGCCUCAGCCUGCCCCUCUCCCCCGGGUGCCCUUCCUGCCCUCAGCUGUUUAUCUCUGUGUGUCACUCUGCCUCUCCCCCUCUGCUGUGGCCACAGAGUAUUCUUGUCCCUGCUGGUAUUCUAAGUGGAAGGCGUUCACACUACCAUCACACUCGCUUUGCAGCUUUCUACUCUUUUCUCCACAGGCCUCAGAACUGUUGCUUCUGAGUCCUACUCAGGGAAACCACACAUGGAAGUGCCCUAGUCCAAGUACCGGGAACCUGCCCCUGCCUCCCAGGCCCACCAGGAGACAGGAGGCUGGGUCUGCAGCCUUCCCUAGUCUGGACACCCUCGACAAGGAUUAGAGUCAUUCAGGUAUUUAGGUGGCAAAAGAAGUGCUUCCUGAAUUUUCUCCAGUAGGUCAUUAGUUAGUGUGAGCAAUAAGGACUGAAUAACGACAGCAGAAGGAAGGCUCAUUUUGGAGCUGCGCCUUGAGUUAGGUGGGGUACUUGUGAUAUCGAGGUCCAUGCUAUGGGGAGGAGCUUGCCCUGCAGGACCUUCUACAGGAUGUGCUUGUGUUCUCAGGAUGUGGCUUGUCCUUAUUGAUUGCGCCUGGCCCUGCUGUAGGCAAGUGUGAGCUGCUGCUGCAUUGGCUUAUUCGCUGUGGGGAGAAGAGAGAUGUCGGUCGCUCUCUGACUUACUCUUGGAGGUGACAGGGAUGCUGAGCAGGGCCAAGCAAGGAGUAUGACAGCUGCCUUGGCACGCAGGCCCAAGAGCCCAGUGCUGCUCCAUCUGCCUCAUCCCAAUCUGCCUCAUCCCACUCUGUGGUUGGUCGCUGUGUCUGGUGCGUCCUGUUGUCGACCUGCCCAGGCUCCUAGACUCUGAAAUCUGAACUCAAAUCUGUUAGGCACCUCUGCUCUCCAGUGGGUAUCUUUAAGCCAGUAUCAGCAAACGACCUCCUGACCCCUACUACCUGCCCCCAUACUUGUUUCCCAUGCCUGCUUCCCCACUAUUCCUUUGAUUCCCCUUGCUAGCCUCCCCCACUGUCCCUGAGAUUUCUUCCAUCUGCCUUCACCUUUCCAUCCCAGUGAAGAGCCUUGGAGCCCUCCUUGAUGCCUCUUUUAUUUUUAUAUCCACUUCAAUCCCUCAAUAGUCCUGUUAGUUCUGCCUCCAAAAUCUGCCCCAUAUCUGCUCACUUACCACCCUCCCCACCCUGUCUGCUCAUUGUGUCCCUUCUUUGGGCAUCUGUAGUAACCUCCUGAGUGGGACCCUCCUCCUCACCCACAGUGUAGGCUCAGCCCACCAUUGCGGCCGUGGGAACCAGGCUCCUGUGCCAGAGCUUCUGCCUCUGGUUAGCCUUCCCUGUGCUCUUUACCGUCUGCUCCACCAAGCAGGGCCAUCGUGGUUCUUCUCCAGACCCUCACCUCCCUCCUCCCCUGAGCGUCAAGUUUGUCCAUCAUUCAGGUUGUCGACCUGCCCAGGCUCCUAGACUCUGAAAUCUGAACUCAAAUCUGUUAGGCACCUCUGCUCUCCAGUGGGUAUCUUUAAGCCAGUAUCAGCAAACUUCAGUAUCAGCAGGCCUUCUCUGAAGGCCUGCUGCAGGCCCUGGCCUAUUCUGCAAGUGCUGGUCUUCUUACCCACAGAAAGAAGGCACCCUGGCCCCGUCUUCAUUCUUGGUGUUCAAGCAGCCAGCCACAGGCUGCAGCCACUUGGCCACAUGAAGGCAGUGUGCCAGGGGUGGUCUGCACGGUCAGUCUGCCCCUGUCGCUCCUGGGUGAGCCCAGUGUGGGUGCUCGGUUCUGUCUUUGUGGCCAGGGUGGAUCUCAGCGAAAACACCAAGUCCUGAAGAAAGGCUGGACUACCGCUGCAGAAGCAGAAGGGUGAGAAGAAGGCUGGAUGGUCUCAGGUGAUAGUCAUGCUGAGCCCCCUUCCCUGCUACCUACAUUUUUUCACUUGCCUACUUUAAAGUAAACUACCUAGCAGGAAGCAGGAGAAGCAAUUGUUUUUCAGUUUAACCCUAUCCCUCUUCUUUCCUCCCCCCACCAUCCCGUUUAACUUGUUGGCUAAGUAAAUUAUGGAUGAGUGAGAUAUUGUGUAUGUUUCAAGCAAAUUACCAUAAAGGGUCAUGAGAUUUAUUAAUUGUAAUAAAACCUUUUUCUCUUUAGACAAGGAGUCUUUUCUAUAAUCCGUUAGUUUUCUUUGUUUUCAAGAUUAGGAAGAGUUGAAAGUAGAGGAAAUUAUGGUCUAUGAAUUUUCCCCCACCCUUUCACAGGAGACUAAGUGUUUGACGGAUACCUUCAUCUUCCAGCUAUCUGACUCCUUUUAUUCUGUUAGGUAUGUCUUCUUAAGUAUCAUUUUGUUGUGCUGGAUUUAAAAUCCAAAGCUCGGGCCUUCCUGGUGGCGCAGGGGUUAAGUACAGCACUAUCAAACUAUCAUCAACCACAGUGAGUUCGAUCCCCUGCUGACCAGGGAGCAACCCACAUGGCACUAGCAGACUUCUCUUGUCUCGCCUGCCGCUCCCCUCAGCAGUGUAUUUCAGUGGAUCUGCCUGUUCUGCUCCCUACUCUUUCUGGUGAAUCCUCUCCCCCUCCAUGCCUCUGGCUUACACCCCAGUUCUUGUAUGCUAAAUAAAUAAAUGUUUGAAAAAAUAAAAUCUACAACUGUGAAAACUAAGUACCUAAUAGAAUAAGGGGGAUAAAUCAGAAUAGGAUGAAUUCCAAAUAGUGGCGAGUAAUACAUCAAUUUCUGCUUUUGGUUUUCAGCCUGUGUGUGAUUUAUCAUUACACCACUGACCUUCCCUGCAGUUGGGACAUCAACGUUGAACAGCAAGGGGAGCAGCAAAACCCAGAGAACAGCAGACCAGAUCACACUGAGCUCCCUUGUGGUGGCUGGGACCUGUGGAAGAUGCUGACUGCCAGGCGGCUGAGGAGGCCCUCACUCUAAGGAAGGAAAGCAGGUCUUGGCCGGACAGCUUCCUCUGCUUCCAGGCUUACUAUGGCCUCCGCUCUCUGGCUGAACGGCUGAUGUGACCCCGUACCCCAGUGUGUAAGCUGCUGGUUGAGGCGCUAGCCCAGGUACCCCUGCUCUCAGGGUCUGGGAGCAGGGCAGGUGGGCAUCAAAUGUUACCAACAGCUGGACAAGGCAGAGCAAUGGACUCUGGCAAGCUAAGAUGGAAGUGACCUGAGGCUUCGCCCAGGUGGUUCCCUCUGGACAGUACAGCUUAAGAGUCGGAGCAGGGCCUGUCUGGGGAGCAGUAUGCAGGAAGCUGGUUUUCAGGCCACAAAUGCUUUCACAGAGUGCAAAUUCACCUGCGCCAGUGGUAAAUGCUUGUAUCUUGGGUCACUGGUCUGUAACCAACAGAACGACUGUGGGGACAACAGUGAUGAAGAAAACUGUCUCCUGGUGACUGAACAUCCACCUCCAGGGAUCUUCAACUCGGAGCUGGAGUUUGCCCAGAUCAUCAUCAUUGUUGUGGUGGUCACGGUGAUGGUCGUGGUCAUAGUCUGCCUUCUGAAUCACUACAAAGUGUCCACACGGUCUUUCAUCAACCGCCCGAGUCAGAGCAGGAGGCAAGAGGACGUUCUGCAGUCGGAAGGGCAUCUGUGGCCUUCAGACAGCUCCAGGUCUCGACCAGGUGCUUCAGAGACCAUGUACACCCCUCGGCCCAGGGACAGGUUUGCUGCCCCUUCCUUUAUGCAGAGGGAUCGGUUCAGCCGCUUCCAGCCCACCUACCCCUACGUGCAGCACGAGAUUGACCUUCCUCCUACUAUCUCCCUGUCUGAUGGGGAGGAGCCGCCUCCUUACCAGGGGCCCUGCACUCUACAACUCCGGGACCCUGAACAGCAGAUGGAACUCAACAGAGAAUCUGUGAGGGCCCCUCCCAACCGAACCAUAUUUGACAGUGAUUUGAUUGACAUUUCUGUGUACAGUGGGGGCCCGUGCCCACCCAGCAGCAACUCGGGCAUCAGUGCCAGCACCUGCAGCAGUAACGGAAGGAUGGAGGGGCCACCCCCAACAUACAGCGAGGUGAUGGGCCACCACCCAGGCUCUUCUUUCUUCCAUCACCAGCACAGCCAUGCACACAGGGAGAGCAGACUGCCGUUUCAGCAGGACAGCCCUGGGGACACAGGGGCACCUAUCCAGGGCAAAGAUAGGAAGCCUGGGAACCUUGUCUGACCCCAGUGUUUAUUCAAGCUGAGAAAGGAGAUAAGGAGGGAAGAAGACCCUCUGCUCCACUCAAUGUUACUCAGUUUUACGUGCUAUAGCCAAGUAAAACCAAAUGUGCAAACAUGGUCUGUUUCUGAUUCCUUUUAGGGGAAUUGCAUGCAAACAAGACUGAAAUAACACAAACUUUGAUCUGAUCUGACUGCAAAAAGUGUUAAUUUGGGGAUCGCCAUUAGGACAGGGUGGUUUGGCAGAGGGUGGGCAUGGGGAUGUUGAAAAGGGAUGCUUUAAAAAUAUCAUGAAAUAAAACCCAUACAGGUAUUUGACUUAUUUAAUUAUGAAAGGAGACUUUGCAGAGAUAGAGGCCAGAAUGGCCUGUUUUAUAAUUAUUGGAAUGAAGAAGAAAGAGUUUUUAUAUAUUAUCAUGGGGCAGAAUAGGCCAGUUUGCUUUUUCUCCCAAGGUGUGGAACUUUUAUUUUGUUUUAAAAAUAUGAUUCAAAAUUCCUGUUUUGUGUGCCAAGAUAUAAAGUGGAGAAGCUAGAUGAAUGCAAGGAGUUACUUUGUGUUGUAAUGAUGUGUUUUUAAAAGUUGCACUAUCUAAAUGUUUAUAUAUGAGGGAAAUGUUUUAAGUGAAAUUCUGUAUGUUCUGUAUGUCUUUUUACCUGUGGAUUAUUAUUAGGCCCAAGGAAUACCCUGGAGUGUUCCCCGUAAUCAUGCAAGAAAAGACAUUCGAUGGUGUAGCCUAAUAUAGGCUGACUUACGUAAAACAAGAAAAUCAUUUUUGUUGCAAGAAUUUGCAGCAGAUAGCAGUGCAUCACUGAAGCAUUUGGAGGACAUUUGGGUAGGAGAUAGGAAAUACUAAAUUCCAGCAUUUCUGACUUGUUAUUCUGCUAGUCUUAGGUUGUAUUUUUACUUAAAAUGAACCCAACAGCACCAGGCUGCCCUUAGCCUCCACAGUGUAACUCCUUCAGUAAUUUUGAUUUUUUUCAUUAUAGCAUGAAAUAUAACUUUGUGCAAUAAAUCAUUUAAAAUGCAAGGUGAUUAUUUUUAAUAAUGGGAUAUGUGACUUGUCAAUGUAUCCCAUUGUCUCUUUCCCUCCCAAGAUAGUUCACUUCAGUCCUGAAUGCUGCUUGGCAUAUCAGGCUCUUGGUUCCUCCCAGCCCUGUGCUCCUGGGUGUAAGCAAAACAGCUCUUCCUGCUCAGGAAGCCCUUGUGCUGAGGGAGGCACACCAAGCCUUCUGCAUGAAGAUAAGCCAUUGCACUCACUUGUGCAACGUUUCUGGAGGAAUGUGUUACCCCAAACCCAGCUAAGCUCAGCCUUGGUGAUGCGACCAGAACAGAUGGUUAGUGAAAAGCAGGGCAGGAGUGAUUUUAAAAGCACAGGACAAAAAGCACAACAUACAGUUCAAAUGCAACUAGAAAACUAACUAAUUAUAAUUAGUCAUAGUUUCAAUAUUCCUUCUAAUUACAAACAUUUAUUCUUACAUAAAAUAAACCACUUUCCUCCCUGGACAUAAGCAUCUAACUUUGUAACAGCAGCAGCCAGUAUGUCCAAUGCCGCCCCAAACAGGCCUUGUUGAGCAAGUGGCCUGCCCUGUGCAGUGAGUUCCACAUGGCCUCUGCAUGUUGCUGUGGGUGGGAGGUUGGAGUGACUGUGGUUUAACCCCAAAUUAGCAGGCAUGCACUGAUGUGUCUUUGGGCCUCUGCAGCAGCUUAUCGAUGAGGUGGCUGUGCUGUUGGCUGAGAGCUGGAGAGACUGUUCUGAACCGUAGUCCUGUCUAUGCACUGUGCCCUCUGCUCCUUUCUCCUGUUUCUUUUAGUCAGUAGGUCGUUUUUCUGAUCUUGCUUUGAGGAUGGGAAUUGUCUUAGAUUCAUCUGUCUCACACAAUAACAUCCACAGAACUAGUCAAGCUGUUAAAAGAAAAAAAAUUGGGGCAGCAGUUGUCACUCCUGCUUUACAACUUGUGUGGAAUUGUGUGUGUAUAUGCUGAGACUGCAGUGGGGGUUCCAAAUGGGACACAGCCCUGAAUCUUGACUUGGAACCAGAGUUGCCUUCUACUACCCAGAGGCCUCCUGACAGGUCUGCUAGCAACUAGCCUGUGCACCUCUAUUGGAGGAAGUUGGGGACCUCCAUAGCAUGGCACCCAGCCCCCACAGCAUGGCACCCAGCCCCCAAGAAAGGCACCCAGCCACUAUGUAGUCAAGAUUAGGGAGUGCAUAAAUUGAUCCUAGAACAGGACUCAGGUGAAUUGCUGAUCAGGUGAUCCCUCAGCUGUGAGAAGGUUAGCUAAUUAUUUCAUCAUUCCAAACCUUGCCUGCAACCUUUUUGGUUGUCCUUAUACUACUAUAUUAUCAGUUCUGUACUAUAGCCUUUCUAGUCAUCUACCUUUCCCUUUAGCCAGAAACAUGGGCACAAGCUUUGAUUGCUUCCUUAUCUAUUUCCCCUACCUUAUUUUUAAUGCAUCAUCAAAUCUUAUAGAUUUAGUCCUCAAAAGAACCCGCUCAUAUCUAUUGCACAAUUGCCUGCAAUUUUGAUAAAGCAGGUGAGCCCAACUCUGUAACUCUAGCUCAAAAUGGUUUUACAAUCCUUACCUGCUACAAAAAAAAAAAAAAUAGCUCUGAUCAGAAACUUCUAAAUUCCUUAGUCGUGUUACAAAUGUUUUUGUCUGUCCCAGGGACUUCCAGGAGUAUGAACCCCAAGGCAGGUUGAGUCCCAUUUGGGGGAAUACAGUGUUCAAGCAUUUGUUUGCUUUUCCAGAAAACAUAGUUUUUUGUCAAAACACUGAAGCAGUCCUUAGUGCAAAAGAUAUUGUCCCUGACUAAGAUUUAGUGUUAAAGCAGCUUGACAAGUACACCCUCCAUCCAUUCCCACCACACUUACACAUGACACACAAUCCACAAUACAUUUAAUGACAGCAGAGCAUAUUUCAAACUUAGAAGGACUCAUGUGAUCUAUCCAUAUAUCCACUAAAGUUCAAACUUUGGGGAGAGGAAAUAAGGGCCAACACUAAGUCAACUGGGGGCCAUGAGCACACCUUCUGUACCUUUAUUUCAUCUUCCUAAGAAUAGGAAGGGCUCAGAAGGCAGGCACUGUUAGAAAGCUUCUCUGAUCUAGAAGAAUCCACUCAAAACCCUGACUUCUACUACCAGUAGUUGUAACCUUGAUAGGGAUGGUUCUGUAUCUCCCAUCUUCUCCAUUGAAAGAGUCCUGGCAUAAUGCCCUGCAGCGCCAUCCUCAGGCCUAAACUGGUUCAUAGCACAGAGACACACUUCUGGACCCUACCCCUCAAAAGAAGGUUCCUCUCCUCCUGGCUAAUGCUGUUCUGAGCCACACUGCAGUAGGACACAGGGCUGCCAACCCACCAUGCACUUCCCGGCCUUCCCGAUGCCCUAGUGUUUGAGCUGGUGCUGCUGCUUGUGCUUGUUACUCAGCAGGCAACAUUAACUCUGUGUUAAUUGGUAUAUGUUGAUUUUCCUUAAAAUUUCCAAAAUUUAGCAGUAUAUAAAUGAAAAAUAACUAGGAAAGCUAUUUCCUUUUUGUUAACUUUUUGGUUGUUAUCUACACGACUAAAACCAGAAAUACACUACUGCUUGGUGCCAACCCUUUGUAAGAUGACAUUGUUCCCAAGCUCUGCCAGUGUCCUCAGCUGGUGCUUACCCUUGCCUCGAUGAGUAGGCCUUGGCCAACUCAGAUAAAAUAACCUGAUUGGAUGACAAGUUGGCAAGUCUCCCCUCCAUAGCACGAGGAAUCCUGUGUCUAAUGGGGGCACGCCAAAGUCACAAAUUAAGAAAUUUGCUUUCACUCCGGAUCCCAGCUGAUAGUCACCCUGUUCUUCUCACUCGCUGGUUCUACAGCCCGACUCAGCAGAGAUAAGAGGCAGGUCAGAGGAUGACGAGUGCUCUCCUGACCUCUAUUGUUUAGGAAUCAGGAUUUCAACUUAGGUUACUUUAAUACCCUAAGUGUUAACAUCUUUUGCAUAAAGUUUAAAUAUCGAUGAGGGUUAGACAGUCAUGUGCUGUUGCUGUUGCUGGUGCUGCUGCUGCUCUGCUUUACAGGUUGCUGCCUCUGGAAACUAUUAUCUUUGAGCAGGUAGGCCUUGCCUGUCUUCCUUUCCUCCUCUUUCCUUCAGAGAUGUGUGCUUGUUUCUGUGUGGUGUGGUAGGGGAUUAGCAGUCUACAGAGAUUACCUAUACUCUAUACAUGUAUAUUACCCAGACCCAGAUCAUUUCCAAGAGCUUGCAUGUCAGUAGGUUUUAAGCAACCAAGGCAUCUCCUGGCUGAUGUCAGCAGAUCUAGGACAGAACCUCCACCACCAUGCCCUGCUCCCCACCUUUGUUGUGCCUCACUUACAAUGGUGCUUUUUCAGUUGUCUGUCUUUUCUUAUGUUUUUAUGUGUAAGGUGCUGUAUAUAACUUGAAUAUAUUAUGCAGAUAUCCUACCCAAUGGGUAGAACAACAAAUUGUUAAUAUUGUAAUAUAAUGUAUAGAUGAUAUCAAUUUUAACAGAAAUGGCAUAGAAUUUGUGGAUGCCUAUGUGCUUUGUCCUCUUUUGUAAGAAAAUUUACAAAUGGAUGCAUCAGAUGAAAGUCUAUGUAGUUUAUUUUCCUAUUAAAUAUCAAUAUUGUAACAUAAGGGAAAGAAGUCUGAAUAAACAAGUCACAGUUUAUGACCAGCAUAUGUAUAGCAAUUCAAAGUUACAUUUUUGCUGGGAAAACUUUUUUUAAAAUAAUUUUUAAAAAUCCCACAGUUUUUUGGUUGCCACUAGAUGCUUCUUAUUUCAAUCUAUGUAGUAACAGUUGGACCAGUGUUAGUUAUAGUCAGAAAAAAAUGUUGAUUUUUCAGCUUGCUUUAUGAGAAAACAUUAUCUCUUGUAGAAUAAUGAUGUCUGACCCCAGUGAAAAGUGCACAUUUUUGUUAAAAUUACAGAAUGUAUGUCAGAUUAAGUGAGUUGACCUGCAGCAGAGAAAUUUGUUCAAUACAGAGGCAUUAAUGACCAUCUGUGUCCCGAGUUCCUCUGUGCCUUUGUCUUUACAAGUUAUGAUGGUGGGCCAGUGAAUUCACAGUAGUUAUUAAGGGAAAGAAUACCUCAGGAAAUGUAAAUCCACUUAAGAGAAGACUCUACUCUUAGAAAAAAAUGUUUUGUUCUGGGUUAUCUAUUUUAGAAGAGAAUUGGCCAUCAGCCAGUCAAGUGAAAAUCUUACAUCAUUACUAUUGGUGUCUUAUGGUGACCUUGACAUAAAAAGUAGACAAGGUUUUGCCAUUUUCAGUUGCACUUUAUGUCACAUAUCCCACACAGCAUCUACUUCCAACUCGGUUUUUUAAUAUCUAAUUGUGGCCUAUGCAUUUACCUUUGAGUAUUCUAAUUUUAAAAAGGAGAAAAAAGCCUAUGUUCACUGAAACCUUUCUUGAAUCAUGGGUGUGGGCAUCCUCUCCAGCAUUGUCCACAAAGGCAAUCAGUGAAAUUUUGCCAUGGAUCAGCAUUUCAAAUUCAUUCUGUCACUAGAGGAUUUUAAUUCUAAUAAAUUCCAUGGUUUUUACUUGCUCUAUGAAAUACUGAUGAAACAUAACCCUAUCCUCCAGAAAACAAAUGAUUACUGAUUAUCCUGAAGCUAAAAAUGGCUCUACUGGAGCAACUCUUAAUGCUGAAUGAACUAAAAGUCAAUCCUUCUUUUGUUAUCUGUUUUUGGAAGACCCAUGAAGAGACCAUUGUCUUGUAUGUUCUCAGCCCAACCAUCUCCACUGUCUGCUCCACUGUAAGUUGCAGGGGCUCCCUCGUGGCUCAGCAUUAAGAACCAAGGCUCAUUACUGUCAGAAAUGACACUCCCAUUUGUCCAGGUUCAAUCUCUUGGAACAAUUGUUGAGAAAAAUUGUCAUCACAGAAUCUCUAGACUCAGAGGUACUAAAAUUUUACUACAUCAUUGCUUCUUCUCUAUAGAAAUAACUGAGGCUUAAAUUACCACUAAUAAUUCUGGUUCAUUUUAAUGUGUAUAUUACUAUUUUUCGUUUCAUGUUUCAAAAAUCACUCUAAUUGUAUACUUGUCUUGUUUAAAGCUAUUUUAAAAUAUUUACAAUACUAUUCACAGCAUUUAGUUCAUUUAAUUUUUAUUAUAAAGCAGUCUUAACUUAAAAAAAACUGUAUUUGAACUUAUCAAUAAUUAUUCAUGUAAGCUAUGAUAAUCAGAAACCAUUAAAGUUUUUUUAAUAGCCAUUUGUGCUCACUUUUCAACAUAAUUCCCAGUUACAUACGGAAGAAGAUUUUCCAACUGUUGUGUAUCUGCCUCCUUUAACUGAGCAAUGGUGAUGUAGUCUUAGACCUAAGGUCUGUAAUUGCAAUACUUUUAAAGAAAGAUGUUGCUCUAAGUGCUGUUUGUUAGUUAUGAAAUCAGCUUUUUAGGCUUGUUCUUAAUGCUGUGGUCAAACCAUAGCUCAAAAUCAUUAAAAAUAAUGAAUGAC